AACAUCAUUAGCAACCCAACUAACACUGAAGACUUAAGCUUUAAGAAUUUAGAGCAGUUUGAAGUUGAAGAUGCAUUAAAGAACUUCAAUGUAAAAAAGAGUACUGGUUGGGAUGCUAUGUCUCCAAAUAUUUUUAAGCUUGGUGCAAAACAACUUUCUGGGCUUUUGAUAUCAUUUUGUAAUGCUUGUACUGAUAACAGUAAAUGGCCAAUAGAAUGGAAAAAAGCUGAGUGGAUACCAAUUUAUAAGAAAGAUGAUCCACAGGAAAAAAAGAACCAUCGAUAA